AUCCCAGACUGACAACGGCUGGGUAUGCGUCUUCGAGCCGGUGGAAGAAGAAGUGAAGGAAGAGGAAUCCGACGCAGACACGGCACCAAAAGCGACGCCAGAGGAGGCCGCGGAAGACGAGGAAGCCCUGAAGGAGACGAUGGAGAGGAGGCUGCAACUCGAGGAGGAAAUGGAACAGAGGAAGAGGAGGAAGUCGGAGCUGAAGAAAAUCAAAAAGGGUCGGAAGGGCAGCAAAGAAGGCAGUAUGAAAUUACCGGGCCGAUUCCAGGGUCGAGUGUACGAUGUCGGAGAAGGCGUGGGGUCAGGAGUGGGUGUUGGGAACAUUAGGUGUGGAGACGGAGCCACUGAAAUACGCCCAGCGUCAACCGCCAGUCCGCAGACUCGCUACGACGUCCAUCUUAUCACUCCAGCUGCUGCCGUGAUCGACAAUCCGAGCCGGGUUCGUUUGGUCGUGUAUAGCUGUGACGCCCUGGCCUCAUCGUGCUCCGCCUGCGUGGGCGUCAACGCCUCCUUCGAAUGUGGCUGGUGUGAAGCAUCCGACACUUGCACUACUCACGCCCAUUGCACGGGGACGUCGUGGAUCAGCCAUGGGCGGUCGUGCUACAGCGAAGAUCACCCUAAGAAGCUGCACCGAGACUCCCUGCAGACUGCUGCAGCUCAAGACAAUCCUCUGGUAGGCUUAGGGGAGCCGAUGGAAAAGCAUCCCGACCACCCGCUCGAGUCCCACUUGGAAGACCUCGAAUUCUCACCCGAAGAUCUGGAAGCCAUGGACAGCCUGCUUGACAGUCCGCAGAUAGAACACCUGGUUGAAGAAGAUCGAGCAGAGGCCGGAGGCAGAGAAAGAAGAGGCAAAGGGCAGAAGAAAAAGAAUGGCAAGAAGAAGAACAAUGAGAUCCUUAGGAGCGGAGAAGCUGGCAUGACAGAUGAAGAAGCAAACAGUAUGAUCAAUGAUUCGGAGGACACCAGCGUUGCAGCCCGACUGGGGACCAGCAAGAAGGCCGGAAAGAAAGCGGUGAGAGUCAAGAGUCGCGGAAGGUCUUUCCUUCGCCUUCCUCAGCAUCAGGGACUCUUCAUAGCACGGGACGACUGGAGGUUACACACCGGACGCCAGUAUUACGUUCCAGUGACUAAGAAGACACUCAUCAACCUGGGCUUCGUCAGGCAGGUGAUCUACGGUAGCCUAGCGGAGGAAAAGAGCAGGACUGUUCUCAUUAAUGGAGCUUGGAAGAAAGCAGCAGGCUAUUUCGUUGAUCUCUUUGAGAAAGUCGACCACGACCCCGUCACCUCACUCAUCACCACGAGCAGGAGGGUCUUCGAGCAGAUUCUCGUACAGCUGACACCUCCCGAUGGCGACAGUGAAUAAACUGAAAAUGCAUGCGAUGGUACCAGCUAAAGUGAUGACAACCUCCCAUAGUUAUCACUAGUCCUACAAAUUCUGCUUAACAGAGAAUGUGAUACAAGAAUAAUCAAUUCCGUUGCAUUACAUGCAAGGAAUCGAAAAUCCAACUUUCAUCAAUUUUUGAAAGGGCGAUGGUAACUUCAUAUAAAACAGUCAAGUAAUUUGAUUGGUUUUUCGGUUUAAACUUUUUAGAACCAUCAUUGUCAUCGACGUCAAAAGUUAAUUAUUUGCUUAUUUACUUUACAAGAGAAAAAAAAACAAUCCUGAAAAAAAUAUUUAACUAAUGAUGAACGACGAUCAUAUUGUGCAGAUGUGUGUUUGUUCUUGUAUAUACUGAAUAGCGUCUAGUCUGCCACAAGAAAGUUUUGAUGCAUUUUCAGGAAACGAAUAUAUCAUGAUCAGGUUUGGUUGGCUUGAACAAAACUUACAAUUUUAUCUUGAUAGUCUUACAUGAUACUUUAUACUACCAUUGUACCAUCAUAGAUAUCCAUCAAGUUACUGUAAUUUAAGCUAAAAUAGGCCAAGUUACUGUAAUUUAAGCUAAAAUAGGCCACAUUAUAAUUCAGUUCCCUUGUAAGUGUGCUCGCUAGCAUAGUGACACUGUAGUGAACUAUGAGCAGCAUUCUUGUUAAUCUAAGACACGUUUAUUGUACAUUUGCAGCAGCAAUAACAUAGGCAAAACAUUUUAAGUUAUUGAAUAAAACAUUACCUUUGGA